GUGUAUCCUUUUUUUAGGGACAACACGGGAAAAAAGAAAAAAGGUCGGGAUAGUAGCAGUGGAGGAAGCGAUGAAAAUGACAACCAUGAUAAAACCCAUGUAAUGCCAAGAUCAUUGCAUGCUAACAUUGGACAAGCGUCACAUUCUCCAGCAGAACCUGUAAAUAUAUCUGUUGCCGAUUAUUCUUCUCCAUCGACAUCCCAGCAAACUUAUGACGUCAACGUCGAUACUGAAAUUAUAGUGGACGAUGGCUAUCAUGAAAAUGAUCUGGGUCGUUAUGUUGGGUUGGCUACUCAGCUAUCGACGGAAAAGAAAAGGGAGUUGUUACAACAUCCUUGGAUCCCGCCCAGAAAUUAUGAUUUUGAAAGUGAUGCAAGCCAUUUGAAAAGGAAAUUUAAUAAUGCUUGGUUGGAUCAAUAUGCACCAUGGCUAGUAUAUUCCAAGCGACUAAAAGGCGCUCUUUGUAAGCAUUGUGUUUUGUUCUCUCCGCCCAUCAGCACUGUGAGAGGAAUUUUGGGAUCAUUUAUGGUCAGGCCAUAUAUAAAGUUCAAAAAUAUGCAUGAAGACUGCCGAAAGCAUGCAACGACCAACCUUCACCUAACAGCGACAAAUGCUGCAAAAAAAAUCUUGAAAAUGUUCCUGUAGACAUCCAACUGCAAAGUGGACACCAAAAAACAAUCGAUGAAAACAGACAAAUAUUGUCAUCAAUUAUUUCUUGUGUAGUAUUUUGCGGUACACAUGAUAUGCCUCUUAGGGGAAAACAAGCAGAUGAGGGCGUUUUAUUAGAUUUAUUAAAGUUGAGAAUCAAUUCAGGGGACGACAAAUUAAAGAGUCACCUGGAAAAGUGCCGUCGCAAUGCAGUUUACACAUCGCCAAAAAUACAAAACGAAUUGAUUAAUUUAUGUGGCGAAGUUAAGGAGAAUAUGAUAAGUGAGGUUCAGAAGACCAUGGCUUACGCAGUCUUAGCUGAUGAAACAGUAGACGUAGCUGGGAAAGAACAGUUAUCAAUAGGCGUGCGGUUCUACGACGAAAGCAAAAGGAAAAUCAGAGAAGAAUUUGUAGGAUUCGUUGAACUAAAAGCACAAAAUGCUUCAGUAAUUGACAAUUUCUUGAAUAGUUCUAACCUCCCAACAGAAGAUUGCGUAGGGUUUGGAUUCGAUGGCUGUUCUACAAUGGCAGGGAAAGUGGGUGGCGUACAAGCCAUUUUGAGAAAAAAAUAUCCUCGUGCUUUAUAUUUUCAUUGCUCAAGUCACAAACUCAACCUUGUUGUGAAUGAUGCGAACGCAGUGCCAGAAAUUAGAAAUACUGUCGCCACUGUUAAGGAUGUUAUAACGUUUUUCAGAGAAUCGACUACUCGUCGAAACUACGCUCCAAACCUAUCACGAUUGUGUGAGACGAGAUGGUCCGAAAAAUAUAAAUCAAUCAGAAAGUUUUCUCAACAUUUUCCAGAACUUGUGAAAUCUCUAGAAACGUUAUCCAUAGAGGGAAAUUAUGCCACCAGAAAAUCUGCAUAUCAGUUGCAUUCAGCCGUUACAAAACCAGUGUUUAUUGUUGCUCUACAAACAAUAGCCAAAUAUUCAGCAGUUUUAGAACUACUAGUUAACGCACUGCGAGCUAAAUCGAUCGACAUGAUCUCGGUGGGGGAACACAUCAAAAAUAUCAAGGACAUUCUCAGAAAUGACCGCGAGUUUCCUGAUAAAAUAAGUAAUGAAAUGCUUCAAAAAGCGCCAGCUGUUGCAAUGGAUUUGAACAUAGAAAUUUCGGUUCCACGUCUUGCUCAUAAGCAAACACAUAGAAGUAAUCCGCCAUCUGACAAUGAUAACGAAUAUUGGCGGCGUUCUCUGAUAAUACCAUACAUUGAUUCACUCAUUUCAUCGUUCAAUAUUCGAUUUUCCCAAGAAAAUACUCCGGCGUUUGCUUUAAGUAAGCUACAUCCCUUGUAUAUGACCAAAACCAGCAUUAAAGACUUACACAAGAACGCAGAAUCAUUCCAAUAAUUUUAUAACCUGGAUAUCACUGGAGAACUGAACCUUUUGCAUAAUUUAUGGAUGAAGAAUGCUUUAUCAGAUGAUCAAUUAAGGGAUAUAGAAGUAGUUGAUCUGUUCAACGAAGCCAAUAUUUUUUACCCUGCUGUCAGAAAGGCAUUGAUUAUUUUAAGCACUAUCCCAUACACCACGGCGACCGUAGAACCUUCAGUACGUUUCGAAGAGUUAAAACGUGGCUUGGAAGCACCAUGGGUGAAGAAAGGCUUACGGGUUUAUGUCUGAUGAGCGUACAUCGCAAUUAUUUAAAAGAAAACAGUAAGUUUAUUCAAAAGACUGUCUUAGACAAAUUUUCGGCGGCAAAUCCGAGAAGAUUACUUUUAAAUUAAUAUAUGUGUAUUAUGAUUAUUAUAUAUAUUUAAUGGUGUCGAUUCUGGCAUGAUUCUCUAAACUUAAACUUCAAUUUGACAACAGUGUAUCCUUGUCAUUCUCUAUACAGAACGAACAGGAGAGACUGAUCUUAAAUUUAGUUUUAAGUUUAAAGAGUCAUGCCAGAAUCAAUACCAAUAUUUUGUUUUGUGUCAUAAUCAAACUAAUUAAUAAAAGUCAAUUUUCAUGAUUUUUUGUUUCAAUAUACCAGACCGACCAUCUUCUCGAAACAGGUAUGAGCUGCUCCUAGCUGAAAUCCUGGGUACGCCCUUGCCGCGCAUUGUGGCGUCCCAUGGAGGAGGCCUAUGUCCAGCAGUGGACGGAGAAAGGCUGAUGGAUGGAUGGAUGGAUGGAAUUUGACCUACUGGGUUACUGGAAUCGAAUGACUCAUACUGAAAUAAAGUAAGCCGGCUAAGAUUGGAAAAGAGAAUAGGCUGAAUGGUCUACCUGAUGGCCUUAAAAAAAGGAAACAUUAAAAAAACAAAUAACAUUGUUCUGAAUGGCGCGAAAAGUGGCGUCCCUUUGACUUCUUUUCCCGACUCUAAUGCACUUCGCUCUUUUAAAUUAAAAUUGAACAAAGUGAUUUGAAGUGCGUAUUAUUUAAAAUGUUCUAUCCCGUCGAGUCGCUAAAGCGUGGUGGUAGAUUUUACCUGUGCUGGGUAGCAGAUUCUUGGCCUCUAAGAUUUGCUACGAUAACUCAUAGGCAACUAUGGUCCCAGGAUAUUCGUAAAAUUUGUGACGAUUUAUUGGAAGUGAUGACCAAUGAAUCUGGUCGACCAGUAUGUAGAUUUUCGCUUCGUCUUAGUUCACAACUUAUGAGAGGCUUAGUAAGGCUUUAUCAACGAAAAGUUACUGUAUUCCUUGCGGACCUAUGCAUGAUUAAUGCUAACGUUACAAAACAUGUUAAUAAAAAAUGGAAUAUCAGUGAGGUGGUUAUAGAUGUGCCACAGCGUACAUUGCCUCAGUUGCCAACUGCACCAUUACUCGUCCCAGAGGAACCAGAAAAUGAACAAAGAAUUGAAGAAAUCAUCAGGAACAGCGGCAAUGUUGUUGUAAACAUAGAGGAAAUUACACUCAAAGAAUCGGCUGUUCCUGAAAUACUACUACCACCGAAUGAUGGGUUCGGUGACGAAAAUCCAGAGCAACUGAUCAAGGAUCAGACUAUAGAGAUGAUGCUGGUUCAAGAUAAAUCUGUCCAUCACAGUGGAAUGGACGCAGCUCUCGAUAUUACAGACAAAUCGCAUGACAAGACUCGCUUCGCAGCACACGAUGCUCAAAUGGAACCAAUAGCGGAGUUGGAUGCAACUAUCUUCAGAAAAUCUGUUGGUGCCGAUCGCCUUACAAUAGCUGACUUAGAGAAAGAUAUCCUAGAAAUCCCUGAAAUCCAGAUUCCUGCUCCCGAUAUGCCGGUUCCUCAGCCAGUGCAACAAAUUAUUGAGGAACCACCUGUCGAGAAUAUACCCAUACAAGGACCGACAAGGCCGGAAGAGGAAACAGUCGCAAAAGACCAAACUGUAGGAAUUCAACUAGAGGAACUUGAGGAAGAACCUCAAACGAAGCGACGUCGCCUCAAGGACAAGUUGAUUAUCGAUAAGAAAAUAAAACUCACAGCAGACUACCUCGUCACUCGAAUCGAAAAUCCUCACGUGGAACUACGGUGCGAGGAAAGCUCAGAUGACAUAGUCGAUAUCAGCGUUCCCGUGGAGAUAUUGUUCCGCCGCCCUUGUCGCGCGGGCUUCCGUCUGGCCUCUAAUAUAGGCCUGCCUCUGACUCGCAUGUAUCAGAGACGACUCGGUUUCGUCGUUAAGCAUCCGAGAACUGAUAGAGAAAUGGAGGAAAUAGCAGUAGAGCGUACGAGCCGAAUUCGCACAAGAUCCUUGCUCGAAAGGAUUGAAGAAGAACCGGCAAUUAUUCCAGAAAGGAUUGAAGUGCAAAUAGAGCAGCCGAUGCAAAUAAUAGAUAUUUCGAAAGAUGGCGCUAAUAACGCAGGCGAUCUGCAGAAUGUUACUAUUCCGAUGGAAGUGGACAUAUCAGAUUUGCCGACGCAGAAAAUAGUGAUGAAUGAGUCGCAGACGCGAAAACGUACAAGUGAACACGAUAUUUCACCCAAAAGGAAGAGGCUGAGCGGCUACGUUUCAUUCAGAGAAAGUCAACAUUUAGCUAUAGAAACAUCUGUGCCGAUAAAUGAAGCGGAAAAGGAGAAUAUACCGAGGGCGGCGAACAUUCGCACUCCUCCACCACCACUACCUCAAUCGAAUACUCGACCAACAUCUCAACAACGAAGAACCACACAAGGGCAGGACGUGAACUCUCUCCCGCCCGACGCUGUAGAGAAAAGUCUUACUGUGAUGCUGGAAGAAGCGGGAUUAGCCGAUUUACCGAUUAGGACUGUCGCAGAACAAGAAAUACCCCAGCCCCAGGCGACAGUAUCGCAGCGAGUAACAAGGCGAGGCGGCGAUAGCGAAAGCUCAGAAACUCCUUUGGGAAGCCUGGACAGGACCAAAGUGUCUCUCGGCGAUUCCGACCAGACUACGGACUCGAAAAAAUUUAUUCGCGAUCAAUGGGGAACCGAGGGCACAAUGGUGAAGAUUCUACGCAACAUAAAGGCGGGUAUGAAACCAUUGACAGUGAGAAAACUCAUCGAUAAAGGGCCCGUGAUAGCUGGAUAUAAAGCGAUAAUGGCUGCCCGGUGCUUCUCAUCAAUACUCAAGUUGAAACAACACGGGUUCAUAAUCGUCAAAAAAGUUCCAGAUACAUUAGAAAUAAAGGACAUCCUGCUUGGGCCUAAGUUUGAUAGCGUUAAAUGAAUGUUUCGACAUGACCCUAAUUAUAUUUUGUUAGAAUUGUUAAUUUUACUAAUAGUAUUGUUUUUUGUUAAGUUUUUGCUUAAUGUUUGCUACUCGUAAUGUUUAAAUACGUUAAUUAGCAUGUAAGUGAUGCAUUUCUAUGAAUUAAAAAUAGCAUUUUGAUAUGAACAAUUUAUUUGAAUAAUUUGUAUAUAAUGAUAUGAUUUCUGUACAAUUCUAUAAUGAUAGUCACCAACUAGAUUCAAGUCAACUAGAUAAUGUUAUGAGUAUCUUAAUCGUAGGUAGUGGCUUAAUAAUUUACAAAUUCUAAGAGCGUGAAUGAAAGCUGUACAAUAACACAAUAAAACAGUUGACUUAAAUUUUAUUUUAACUAUUAAUUUCUAACUUACAAAAAAUACAAUCAUAGUCUAUAGUAUGGAAUAUUUGCUUAAGAACAAUUCAAUUACAUUAAUAGAUAUUAAUAGGCAACUUUUUACAUAGUAAGAAGCUUAAAUUUUAGACAAAAUGUACAUUAAGGGCACCCAAACGCGAGUUCCCUUCUUCCUCCCUUGGUAUAAGCAUAUCACUAUAUAUUUCAUUAGAUUUAUACAAAAUCAGUCUCCUACUAUUUGUUACCGAGCUCUGUCGUGUGAAAAGCAAACUUUACACUACUAAAAUCAACUAUUUUUGCAGUAACUCAGGCAGUCAUGCGUUGCGACGCAUAAUAGGACGUUACAGUAUGGACGUUUGGAGUUUUAACAACAAUAUAGUAUAUUAAAGUAUAAAUUAAUUAUGUAUUAAGUUCUCACAAUCAUAAACGUACCUUGUGUACCAUUAUAGAUUUAAAAUUAGAUUAACACUUAGGUCUUUCCCAUAUUUUACAUCAGACACAACUUCAAGCACUAUUCAGUGUUUCACAGCCUUGCUACAGUCGUUCCAAGCUCUCACUCGAUUUAAAAUUAGUUACAGUCUGUCCUUUAGACACAGGAAUGAUGUUACAUAUUAAAUAGCUACCGUACUCUGCGUACACACAUAUAAUGCAUUAUAUAAUUAAUGAAUGAAGUCUGAAAAUCUUUGUAGAGCCGUGAGAGGGACGAAGUAAUAACAAUGAGGGGAAUAUACAAUCGGUUAUUUCAUUAAUAAUAUUUUUUAUUAUUCAUAGUAUAACAUUUCUAUGGAAAUAUUAACUAAUUUAUUGAAGCUUCAGAUUAACGAAGCAUACUUUCAACAAAAAAUAUCACAUUAAUAAGUUUAGAUAAUUACAGUAUUAAAUAACUACAUAAAUCCCUAUAGAUUCGAAUGCAUACUUCGUAAAAGAAAUUCAGGUAAACUUCAAAAUUGAUUAUUAAGGCUGGGGGGACGAUGACGAAAAAUUAAUAUGUGUAGUAGAAAAUGAUAGAAAGUGACAAAUAUCACAUACACAGAUCACACAAACUAGAAAACCAUAAUGCGAGCGCUCUCGCAACUCGGAAUGAUACAUUUAAUAACUGAAACACAAACGAGUACGACACACGUAGCGAUAUUAUUAGACUACAGAUAGGAACUUGGAAAAGAAAUGCACCGGUAAUAAACUCUGAGGCCCAAUUGUGUAACUUUUUCGCUUUCCGUCAUCCCAUUUCAUAGUCGGGAAAGAGAUGUUAUUGUCACAUUGACACUUUUCUUUAGCUUCUAAAGGGGAAAGCGAUAGAGAUAAAGUUAGACAUUUAGCCCCCAGCCAAAGAGAUUUACGUUUUGCUGUUUUAAGGCGACAAUCUCUUGCGCACGAUCUCUACAGAACGAAAAAACUAUCGCACUCUAGUAUAAUCGAGCCUCGUUUCAAACUAGUAGACUCAAUAACUUUGACACAUACAAAGUAUUAUUAAUAAAAAAAUUAACUCUCAUACGCAGUCUAAAACACAUUUACGAAUGCGGCGCCAAAGAGUCACUGUCGUAGUCCCUACCAUCGGAAUCAGCGGAGGCGCCGUACUGCAUACUCUCGAAAUACUGCUGCGGCUUUCCGUUCCACAGGGAAUCUGCUGCGGAGUCGAUCGAUGCGAGCGAUUUGGCGUCUAUAGCUGUCUCGUUCUCGUACAAGAUGGACUUUGAUAGUUCUAGGGCGAGAUUCUGCGGGCUGUCGUAAGCGAGCCGGUAUUCUAAAGCGAGUUCGGAUGGUAGGGGUCGCGUGCGUACUGUGUGAAGGCGAGGGAAUAGUGGAGCUAGACGGGAAGCGCGGGCGACGUAUUCGGCCAAGGCCGCGCGGCUUACACUCACCCGGCUCAUAGUCUCGCGGCUCGAACUCGCCCGGCUCAAUGGUUCCCGGCUAGAACUCUCGCGGCUCGGAGUGGCGGCACCCUCGCGGCUCAACGAGUCCCGGCUCACAGAGUCGCCACGGCGCCCGACGCCGCUUGUUUUCUGCCAAAAUCGACACCAUUUUUAUCCUAGCUGUCUCUGUCAACGGUUGAAAUUGAGAUUUCAAACUACUACUAACUAGCCCUAAUAAUCUUUUCUUUGGUGUGAUUGUAAAGUAGAAAAUGUAGAAAAGUUUUGUCGGAACAAUAUAUCUUAGCUGUCUUAGCUGUGUUGAAAUUUCAAACUUCUAAACUAACCAUCCACAAUAUUUUAUGUGAUUGUCAAAGUUUUCUGUUUUUUUCGUAUAUUAAUUAACAUAGCUUAUCCAAGUGUCUAAGUUCUGAUCCCCCUUUGUGCUUUUUGAGAUAAAGAUAUUCAAGUGGCGCUACAUGUGUCAAUGUUGAAUCGUUAGCAUAGAGAAGACGUUAAAGAUUACUAUUUUGACUAUUUUUAGUUUCUAUAAUGAAAAUUUAUAUAGCUGCAUUACUCGAUCGGCGGUGUUUUGGUGCAAUAAAUUGUCAUCUAUAAUCAUAUCAUACUGUAGCCCGAAUCGUUUCAACGGUGCAUCCAGCCAUGUGUGAUGUCUAACGGUAUUUGCGUGGUGAUGCAAAUAGCCAAUUUACGAAUAUGCCACUAUGUCAAAAACUGAAAUAAAUAAAAGUCAACAGAAUAAACUAAACUUUGAUGAUAUAUAUAUAACUAUUUGUGAUAAUGACGUGUUGGGUGACAAAAUAAGUGAUAUCUACAUAAUAAUGACAACUUACACUUACCGUUACUGUGUCUCCGUAUAAUUAAUAUUCAUGGUUAAACUGGUGGUUCACAAACAAUGAUUUUAAAUGUUAAAUAAUAAUGAUUAAAUUAGAAACAAUAUUAUUGAUGAUAUGAUUAAUUAAUAACAAAAAAUAAAAUCGAGUUUUCGUGCACGGGUGAGUUUUGUUAAUUUAAUGUAGUAAUGAUUUGAUAUGUGUAGUUAAUAUUUGAGCACCUCUCCCGUGAACGAUAACUUUCACAAUGUGGCUUAUGUGGUUAUAAUUAGUAUGAAUAAACGGGUGUGGCAUAAAAAUCUAAUCACAAUACAUCAACAUGAAAUUCUAUGAUUCUUAACUGUAUUCUAUAAAUUUUAUUAUAUCGACACAAAAGUGCAUUUAUAUAAUUCCAAAGUGCGUAAUAGACAAUUUAAAGAUGAACAAAACUAUAAACACAUAAUAGUUUCCACAAUUCAUCAAAGAUUUUUAAGCCAUCACAACUUCACCUCAAUUAGUGACAAACAGACGAUCACGAUCGUUAAGAGUGAAAGACCAUGCUCUCCUAGUCUACGGGUCGAAUCUACACAAUCGGAACUGAACUAAAACUACACAGAACCGAGGUUAAUUCAACCAAACGAACAAAGAGUAGGUAAAUACUUCAACGGAACGCAAGCGGGCAAAAAUCAAACGGCAAUGAAACAUGAUUAGAGUUCACUCAAAAAAAAACAAACGGAAUUAAAACGAAAACGCAAAAUAAAACUUACGAUCGACAUAAUGGCAUGUGAAUCGCGGCUUCUGGCGCCAAUGGCUGCGAUCCGCUAACGCGCGUAGGCUUGAGAACCAAAACCAAACAUUUAGAUCAAACGCAGUUUUAACCAAACAUUUAGAUCACACGCAUUUCAUAACCAAACAUUUAGAUCACACGCAGUUUUAGUCACUGGAUGGGGUGCACUCACACGGUGGGGGGUUUAUUAGCACUAUAUAUAAAUUUUAUAUAGAACCGGCAGACCUUUUAAUUUUAUUUAGCAUUACACGGAACGGCGCUAUUAACAUUAAAUAGUCUUUAAGUGACAUUUAAACGCUUUUCAAAACGUUAAACCUGGUUGUGGCGGAACACUCAACCACCCAAAAAAAUACAUAGGACGUGGUAUUAACACGUAGGUAUCCUAUGAACUUUUCAUCCAAAAACCGGUCACUAUUAUAUACUACAAACAAAACACACAUAUCCCAGUGAGUCUUAAUUUUAGUAGGGCGUAGAAUUUCACAUUCCACUGCGAAGUUUUACAGGCCAAUUUAGAUUGGUUGUCUCAUUAUAUCCGGAUCGGGUUUAUAUUAAGAUCCGGAGUCUUUAGUGAACCAAUUGUUCCAGAAGUAUCGGGCGCGCACCUUGUUGUCUAACGGGGAUGUUCUUCGCACGGGGACCGAAGAUUUGUUCGUCUGAUGGGAAUGCGAUCUUGUUGAAGCGACAGAUCUGACGCUAUGAGCGGAAGGGGGUCUGGGAGCGGCCGCUUUUAAAGGGAUUUUUGAUGGUCUUCUUCGCGGAGUUUCGGAUAUUCUCGCUUCUUCGCCUUCUAUAGGGUCGUUGUCUUCAUCGGGUAGUGGUAGGGGUUCCAUAUCUCGCAUGCUUGUGUGCCGUGAAGGGCUUCGGCGACGACCUUCCAAUUGUCUUAUGCAUGCUCGCGCCCCUUCCAGUUCUAUCGUCUUUUCCUCUAACUGUGGAAAGAAGAUUGUAGAUAUUUAGUUUAUAAUCAAAAUAGUCAAUAAUCGAAAUCAUUUAUUCAGUUUAAGCUGUUACAAACACUCAUGAACGUCUAGAAGCUACGCCCAUCGGUUUGUAAAUCUACGGAGACGUUGUACUGAGGAGAACCGGCAAAAAACUCAGCAGGGACUGUUUUCUUCUCCCUGUUUUAUUAUUUACAGAAUCGGCAAGUUGAAAAAUGACUUCAGAGAUGAUUCAUGAAGUCACCGUUCAUUACAUAAUGUGAAAUUAAAGUAAUUAAAGUUUGGUUGUGUAUUGUAUUGAAAAUCUAUAUAUAAGCUACUAGAUAUAAAAACAUAAAUUUGAGUAAAAAUGCAAAUAUAUAUAUUUUAUUAAAAAUACUUGACAAUUUGUAUUGUUAAGAAACAGUAUUCAAAAAAUGCCGGACUGACUAUAUUUCAUUAAUUUAAAAAAAAAAUAAUGUUGCAACAUCAAGAUAAUAAGAAAAUGUUGACCUGACUUACAGUAUAAAAUGUGCAGCCGUUUGGGUUGUCUAUUAUUUACAUGGGCGAGCUACUGGGUUGCUAGGUAUAAACAGGUAUGUCGAUUCCAGUUACGUUAUCAACGGCUGCACAUUCUAUACGUUUUAUUCUUUAAGUCAGGACAACAUUUUCUUAUCAUCUUGAUGUUGCAACAUUAAUUUGUUUUUUAAUUAAUUAAAAAUAGUCUGUCCAGGAUUUUUAGGCAACCCAUUUUUAAUAUAUUUUCUAAUAUACUUACUAAAUUCAUGAUAAAAUAUGUUUCAUUCUAUUAUCAGCACAGUGAAGGUCAAUGUAGGUUCGGAUCUUCUACUAUCACCUUUUGAAUAUAGUACCCCUAGUACGAACCAAUAUCGAAUUCGUAUCGCUUGCGAGUCCGGAAUGUCAUUGUCAAAUGUGUACUGAUUUUUAUUUCUUGCUACGUACUUGUGCCGCUGCUGUUCAAGUUUCCAUACAAAAUUUGACAUUGACAUUUCGGUUUGCAAACUAUUCGAAUUCGAUAAUGGUUCGUACUAGGGGUACUGAACUCUAAAAUCAGUAACCACGUCAGUAUUAAAUAGUAGAAAACAUAUAUUUACCCUAAAUUUAAGGUCCUCAUUGACGUCCCUGGUACGCUCGAGUCUUUCCAGUAGUAACGUCCGCUGCGCAGCCGCACGCCUCAGUUUUUCACACAGCACCUGAAAUCAUUGUUAAUGGCAUAUUUAGAUUCAGUAAAAAUAUUGCCUUUACUAAUAUAAUAAGAAGUAAAUACAAUUCCGGACACAUUUAUCGGCUCACCCAGCAUUUUAAGUUUUGGCAUUCCCUAGCUAAAAAUAUAUGUUACAUUGAGCAAAAAGUUUUUACGCAGUUUUGAAGCUGAUUUAUUAGCCAUCUUUUGAUGAAGAAGAUGAACUUCAAAACGGCAUAAAAAAAUUUUAGUCGACAUUUUUGCUACAUACCGUUGAAACUUAUAACACUAAGUGGGCCGAUAGAUGUGUCUGGAAGUGUAGUUUUGUAUCACGAUUUCAAAUUCUUUUAGCAUUAGAAUGUAACAGUAUCCCUGAAUAAAAUAUUGUUUAUUUUAUAGCGUUAAAAAUACACCCGUGCAUAGCCGGGGCGCAUCGCUAAUUUUAAAUAAGUUUCGCACUACAAACAUGUGUAUAACUUGUGAUUGAUAAAAUCAGCCAGUUAUUAAAUCGUCACAAUCAGCCUUCUGAAAUACUUACUGUGGAUUCUAGCCUUCUUUAUGGUGAAGAUCACAUUGUGACAAUAGACUAUAAAUUCACUAUGCGGGUUCAGUGCGGAUUGGUAGAUAAUGACUGCUGAUGCAGACGAGAAUAAAGAAAACGUGUCCCCGGAAGUAUGGAAGAGAUCUACAUAAUACAUUUUCACCCAUAACAAACUACAAAAUAAAAAUAGUAAUUAUCAAUUUGUUAUUCCGAGUUAACACUAUCUGUGUCUUAAAGCAAUACCAUUGAAAUAGUACAACUUGCACCGUUUGCACGAUUAUUUCGUAAACUUCGCAGAAACGAAACCCAGGUAGUAAAAUUUUAUUAAUGGACAGGGUGCAUGCAUCAGUAUAGGCAGGUUAUAAACUGGGAUUGAGUCUUACACAAAACCUUGGUCAAAGUGGGAUAAAGUUCAAAGCGGGUUAUAUUACCUUUAACUUAAUGACGUUGAUCAAAGUUUAGUAGUUUAAUUACUGUUUUUUAGCAACAGAUAAAGUAUCCAAUGAUGCGUUUCUGUUACAGUUAAAUUUCUUUUAACAGCUACCUUUGAUCAUAAGAUCAAUGAGAUAUCUUCAAUGAAAUCUCAUAGUCCUUGAUUUUAUUAUCUUAACUAUAACAUAUCCCCGUCGUCUAUUCCGAUUUAUACUAUUGUAAAAUAUCUUGUGCAAUUGAAUAAUUUAAAACUUGCCAUUUGAAAAGUAAAUACUCAACGCAUCUCAUUGAGGCUGCUUAAUUAAGAAAUCGGUAAAGCGCAGUAGUAGCUCGUCUGACUAGUUAGUAAUCAAAGGUUAAUCGUGCUAUAUUCCACCCUAGCGCAAUACUGGUUAACGAGCUCACUAGCUUCUCAUUUGACCCGACUACGACCUACUUGCCAUCGCUAAUAUUACGGAAACCCUGCACAUUAGCCGCUUUUACUAAUCAUUUCGCAAUUUAAUUACAGAUAUUAACUUAACUGCACGGGUAGUUCAACUAACUGUCAAUUAAUUGAAACUAAGGCAAUCGCUACUGCGUUUGUGACGCCCAUGGAUUACACAGAAAAUACAUGCAGAAUUUACAAAAAAUAAACGUUAUCUUUUUUGGUAUUUUAUGAAGAAAAUACAAAAAAAAAUACAAGUAUUGAGACUACUCUGCUGUCUUGCUUGUCAUUCGUUAUCUGUACUUUGAGAUAAUUCGAAGACCUGAAUGACGAAAAGCAAGUUUUUAUCAUGUCAACAUAUGUAUUGAACAUAUUUUACUGAAACUUCUCGUGUAUUGAUAUUUUAUGAAAUACACGAAUUAAUUUUCAGUCACUGGCAUUGAUGAUUCAAAAUAAGCUUAUUUUAAAUUUGCCCAUACAUGUGAAUAAAUUUUAUUGAUACAUGAUUCAAUCAAUACCGACGGUUCACGUGGUACGUAAUUUGUUAACGAUAUACAAUUGUGCAGAACGGCGGAAUCAGUAUUUUAAUUUGAUAUUAGGUUACAUUUAUUAUUUUUUACAUUAAGAAAACUAAAUGCGAUUCUUGGCUACCACUCAAUUGACAAAACAAGGAAAAAAUCUUUUAACACUUCAGUUGCUUUGCUACCCAUCGUCGGCUUUCCGUUGAAGGCCACAGGUGUUUUGUGCCCACAGUAAAGUUUUAAUAGAAGUGAACUAUGACGAAUAAACGUUUAAUAAAUCACGCCACGACCCAACCGAUUUAUGGAUAAUCACCGUCAAGGACGCGUACGUUUUCGAAACCCACUAAAUGGUUAUUCAAAGCUUCAACAAUGGAGUAUAAAAUUUGCGUAGUUUGCCGCCGCUAUGGUGGUCGCCCGAUCAUGGCCACACUCCAUUAGCCUUGUUUACUGUUCCGCGUAAUUUUGCCGAAAUCUCUCAUUACGUCACGUGGCUCGAUUUGACACUACGAACUGAGCCUCGUUAGUGCAACUAAAGUUUUUCUGCUACAAGUGGCACGUACUGAUUACUUCACUGGUUCUGCAAUUGACCAAGCUAAGACAAUCUGACCGCCGCAAAAAAAACUGUUUCGCUAUUUAAGUUUCUCUUUGUAAUAGUUAUGUAAUUUUUUCACUCGCAUCUUUGACUAAUGACGUUGACAAAGUAGACACGUUAAUGUUUAUGUGCAUUGUCUGAAUUGUUGGUAAAAUUAAAUAGGGACAGUGAUUAAUCAUCAUGCAAUUAGACAAGUCCGAAGAUUUUUAAGAAGAUUUUGUUUCGUUUCACAAUGUGACUAACGAUUUUAAUCUUUCAUUAUACUUAGUCAUUAAAAGAGAAGCAUCGACCUUGCGUUGAUAAGUUCGGGUUGCCUAAUACAAACCACAAUAGUACAUAGAAUGCAUUGGCAACUUCGCUAAAAUGUCCUCCCUUCAAGAAUAUCUGCUUCAAAUUUUUUCUGUACGCUUACUUGUUUCGUUUUCCAUUUUCAAAUACUAAAUCUAUAAAGAAAGUGGAAAAUAUUUACACUUCUUUUAAAUUAUUAUGAAUCCUUUACCUUCAAUUUACGGCAGCAGUAAAAAAAUCAAUUUCAGAAAUGAACAGUCAUUUGUCGAUACAGUUCACAAUCUAGCUUGAUAGAACUGGAAUGGCUGCAUGAUACGAGCGAGCAACGGAAUGAGUUUUGUAUAUGUGUGCUCUUUUAUUAGAUGGGCGCAUCAUAAACAGUUUUAUGGCUUAGUUUUUAUUUGAUUCAGACACAGAUCACAGUUCGCUCCUUGUUCUUGAGUUUGGCAAUAAUAAGCGUUAGGAUAUCAUAUAAAAUUCUAGUGAAAAUGAAUGACAGAAGUAUUUAUUAAUUUUAGAUAUUUUAUGACAAAAAUUUCAAAUGAAGUCAUGAAAGAAACGAAGAAGAAUCAACCUAAGUAGCCAAUGUCUUUUUGUUUACUUAUGACGACCUCCGCGGGCGAGUGGUAUCUACGCCGGGUUUUAUGGUGUCGCCUACUCAGAGGUCCCGGGUUCGAAUCCCGGUGGGGGAAAAAGAUGAAUACGAGCAUUUGUAUUUGCACCUUAGUCAUGGAUGUUAUAUAUAUUUCUUGAUAAAUUAUAAUUAUAUAUGUAUCAGUAUAUGUAUUCUUACAGUCAGUGCUUACUUUGGGGCUAGGCUAAUUGGUGUGUAAGAAAUAUUUAUUUAUUUUACCCUCUUAAAAUCAAGGAAGUGCAUAGAACUUUUGACAGCUUUACUUAUGUUUAAAUAUCAGACAAAAUUUGGUGUGUCACUCACUACAGUCACUAGGGCAACUACAUAAUGAUAUGUGAUGUGCAGAGGCAACUGGAUGUGAGCAGUUGCCUCUGCAGUUCGACGGGAUUGCUCUCUAGGAGAAUCGCCUCGAACUUCUUGGAAUUGGAGCAUGGCGACGGCGGGCGAUCUCGAAGACUUAUCAAGCUACCAGUGAUACCUAAUAACAAUGGCACUGAUAUAUUAACGCAACUCACCUGAUUCUGCACGGUGGAUGUGAGCAGUUGCCUCUGCAGUUCGACGGGAUUGCUCUCUAGGAGAAUCGCCGCGAACUUCUUGGAGUCGGGCGUGGCGACAGCGGGCGGUCGCGUUGGCGUUUCGAGCGCGGCGUCUAGCCGGCCGAGCGGCGUCCGCGCGGAUAGUACGGGCGCGGGAGUCGCGGCCGCUUCCGCUUCUAGUUGGGCCGCGCGCGCAAGUAACGCGUCGCGCUCGCAACGCAACCGCUGGAAGUCGGCGCAGUCGUUGCAACCGCCUGAAGCUGGCAAAUAAUAAAUAAAUAUAAAUAUUUACAGCGCUCACAUCAAUUAGCCUAGUCUCUAAGUAAGCACUGUAAGGCUUGUG